CUGUUGUCUUCUCUCUCUCUACCUUCUAUAUUCUGAAGGGUCAAUUCUUGAACAAAAUUUUGGAAGCAAAAAGAAGAAACCCCUUUGAGGUUGCUGCUUUUUUUCAAACCUAAAUUUGGCUGCCAAGAUGAUGAUGUUUGAAGACAUUGGGUUUUGUGGUGAUCUUGAUUUCUUCCCUGCUCCGCUGAAGGAGGCGGAAACAGUAGCUGCUGUUCCACUGAUUGAGCCGGAGCCGAUGAUGGAUGAUGACGAUAGUGAUGAGGAGAUCGAUGUGGAUGAGCUGGAGAAGAGGAUGUGGAGGGACAAGAUGAAGCUGAAAAGGCUGAAAGAAAUGAGUAAGGGUAAGGAAGGUGUUGAUGCUGUCAAACAACGCCAGUCUCAGGAGCAAGCUAGGAGGAAGAAGAUGUCCAGGGCACAAGAUGGGAUCUUGAAGUAUAUGUUGAAGAUGAUGGAAGUAUGUAAAGCUCAGGGUUUUGUUUAUGGAAUUAUCCCGGAGAAAGGCAAACCAGUGACUGGGGCAUCGGAUAAUCUCAGGGAGUGGUGGAAGGAUAAAGUGAGGUUUGAUCGCAAUGGACCUGCUGCCAUAGCAAAGUACCAAGCUGACAAUGCCAUCCCUGGCAAGAAUGAGGGUUCUAAUCCGAUUGGUCCUACUCCUCACACUCUGCAGGAGCUUCAAGAUACCACCCUUGGCUCUUUACUGUCAGCUUUAAUGCAACAUUGUGAUCCUCCUCAGAGGCGAUUUCCAUUGGAAAAAGGUGUUUCACCUCCAUGGUGGCCAAAUGGACAGGAGGAUUGGUGGCCUCAAUUGGGACUGCCAAAUGAUCAAGGUCCUCCACCUUAUAAGAAGCCUCAUGAUCUGAAGAAGGCUUGGAAGGUUGGUGUCCUCACAGCGGUGAUCAAGCACAUCUCCCCUGAUAUUGCUAAGAUUCGCAAGCUGGUAAGGCAAUCGAAGUGCUUGCAGGACAAGAUGACAGCGAAGGAAAGUGCAACUUGGCUUGCCAUCAUCAAUCAGGAGGAAGUUUUGGCUCGUGAACUUUAUCCUGAUCGCUGUCCACCUUUGUCCUCAGGUGGUGGUAGUGGAACCUUCACUAUGAAUGACAGCAGUGAGUAUGAUGUUGAAGGUGCUAUUGAUGACCCUAUCUUUGAUAUUCAAGAGCAAAAGCCAAACCAUCUCAGUUUGCUGAAUGUCAAUGUUGAGAUGUUCAAGGAGAAGCUGCCUCUGCUACAACAGUCUCAGCCAAUGAAGGGUGACAUUUUUGCCAACUUAGAUUUCACUCGCAAGAGGAAGCCGGCUGAUGACUUGACUUUUCUGAUGGAUCCGAAGAUAUAUACUUGUGAGUGUCUUCAAUGUCCUCAUAGUGAGCUUCGCAAUGGUUUUCCAGACAGAUCCAGCAGAGACAAUCAUCAGUUAACUUGCCUUUUCAGAAAUACCUCCCAAUUUGGAGUUCCAAACUUUCACGUGGAGGAAGUCAAGCCAGUUGUCUUCCCUCAACAGUAUGCUCAGCCAAAGCAGGCUUCGCUUCCGGUCAACCCAGCUCCGCCCUCGUUUGAUACAUCUGGACUUGGGGUUCCUGCAGAUGGGCAGAGGGUGAUCAAUGAGCUUAUGUCAUUCUAUGAAAGUAAUGUUCAAGGAAACAAAAGCUCAAUGGCGGGGAACGUUGUGAUGUCCAAAGAGCAGCCUCUUCAACAACCUAGCAUUCAACAGAACAAUUACCUUCAAAGCCAAGGGAAUGUGUUGGAGGGAAGCAUCUUCGGGGACACCAACAUUUCUGCUAACAACUCCUUGUUUGUGCAGGGAGAUCGGUUUGAUCAGAGCAAGGUUUUAACUUCACCAUUCAAUGCAGGCUCUAAUGAUGAUUUCAAUUUCAUGUUUGGAUCUCCAUUCAAUUUGCAAUCCACAGAUCUCUCUGAAUGUCUUUCUGGGAUUUCACAUGAAGACAUGACGAAGCAAGACGCAUCGGUUUGGUACUAGCAGUGUGAUUACUCAAAUGAACAUCAAGCAGUGGAUAUCACAAUCUGCCUUUGAUCAGGUGGAUUUCAAUUACCUAUAGUUCUCAGUUUGGUUUUUCUGUUACCAUGUAGAUGUAGAGGUUGGAGGAUCGUGCAUGGCGUUAUUACAAGGGAGUAGUAAGAGAUGUCAUGCUGCUGGUUAGAAGGAACUUAUAGAUGUUUUUAAAUAAGGUUUAGCAGUCAGUUUAUUUUCAUAUAUGUCUAUAACUCUAUAUAGGUUUUAGCUUUAUCCCAUAGUCAAUCGUUGGUUCGGAGAUAUUUCAACGCUUUUGUUCCUAUAUCUGGUUCGGAAAAUGUUACAAAUUACCUGCAGGUGCAGCUGCAGGUCUUUUUGUUAAAUGUUAUAGUACUGUUUGUCAUGGUGGUUGUGUAAUAUAUAUAUGUGUUGGCCAAAGCUGUGUGAUAUGUUGUUAGCAUCCUAUUUGGGCUAUGGCAUGACAAUAAAAUGUUAUGAUCUA